AUGCAUUCCUCAGUAGUGCGCAUCCAAAAUGUCUUUGGAUUCUUCACCACAGUGGCAUUUGUCGUCGCGGCUUUGAUCGCAUGUACAGAUAUUAUUUCGCCGCGUACACCCAGUGCCAAAGUAGAAGUGAAAGAUAUCCAAGUCGUCAAAGGACGUCCACAUUACUAUUCCACGAAAAAAGAAGAAUACGCACACAUCCGCUUCUCCCUCAACGCAGAUUUCUCCUCCCUCUUCAACUGGAACACUAAACAAGUUUUCGUCUAUGUUUCUGCAUCAUGGCCUUCCAAUUCUUCGGAACCGCAUGUGCUAAACAAUGAAGCGGUUAUCUGGGAUACGAUUAUUACCAAUCCGAGCGCGGAUCAUUUGCAAAAUAUUGGGCCGGCUGCGAUGAAGAAAUUGGUUAAGAGUAGUAAGGGAAAGAGUAUUGAUCCUUCGAGAGGUAUCCUCAAACUCAAGAAUCAAAAAGCAAAAUACCAAAUUACACAACCGGGUGGAAAACUCGCAUCAACAGAAGGAGUCGUGUUGAAGGUUCAUUAUAAUGUGCAACCAUGGGUUGGAGCACUUACCUGGACGCCACAGAUAGAGUUCUUGAGAUGGGAAAUGGUCAAGGGGGGUAUGAGUAAGGUUUUUGGAUUACCCGCUUUGAAGGAGAAGAAGAAGGCUGCAGAACAGGGGACCAGGUAGAGGGGUGUCGGGUGUGAUUUAGAGGGCAGUGCGGUUAAUGAGAUAAUCGCUACGGAACUAUUUUUUCGAGGAUGAUAUUUAUGUAUGGUUAUAGAUUUGGAAGGAGAAUGCGAAUGCAAAAUAUACCAUGUUGGGUUUCGGCAAUGAAUCAUCAUUUUCUAAA